CCCUUGCCACGAAGACCGUCGUCCCUUAAUUAAUAUAAUUAGACACUAAGUAAAUGAGUUGGUCCUUAUGUUUUCAAAAUAUGGUUAACUCCUGACGGGGAUAAUGGUUUGUAAAGCUGGCAUCCCCUCAGCGCGACAUCUUUGGAAAGGCUCCUCCUGUCAAAAGGUAAGGUAAUGAAGUGUCUGGAUCCUCUCGUCGAAUCCAAAAUGCAGCACGUCGGCGGCUCCGGGUUCGAAAGGGCGGUCGAGCGCCGCUGUCGCGCAUGCGCGCAUGAGUAGCCGCGGCCGUCGAAGUCCGGAACCGCAGCGCUUGCAGAUUUUACAUGUCAAAUGGGAGCGGAGAGGGGCGGUGCGGACGGGAUCUGGUGGGGAAAUGAGACGGGGGCGCUCCGGGCGGCGCGCACGGCCGGCUUAUAACAGAAUAAGGUUACGUGCGAUCGGGAUCGAGCUUUCUGCUACGGCUCGGAUUUGCGUCUUAUUUAUAAAUUAUUUUCAAUGGUGCGUUUUCACCAAGGGGAACAAAGGACGGGACUGGAGUAAAAAGCUAGAUUUAUAAUGAACAGCCGGGUGACAUAAAGAACCGGGGUGCGAGCAGGCAGACCGCAGUGAAGGUGCACCACUCCGAAGUGAUGAGAAGGACAGCCGGAAAGCAGCAGUGUGCCGCCGACGCCAUUCGUCAGGGUUGUUCGCCUGGGUUAAGGAUCGAGCGUUUCUUCCAUCAGCCACCCCUCCCUGGUGCCCGUGGAUAAUGGAGAGUACGGAUGGCGAAGCCAGGCAGCAGAACCACCAGUUGGAAAAAAGGCGUUUGAACAGAGCGCCCUCCCCGGCGAGACCUUUCCUGAAGGAUGUCCACUGCCGAGCGUCCAAAGCGCCGGCGAUCACGCCGAAAUCCCCGAAGCUUCCUUACAAACAGCAGACGCCCUCCGCGGGUCUCCCGCACGCCCAGAAUCGCCUUUCCCGACGCAACGUCUCCGGUGCAAAAGAGAAGCCGGCUCCGGCAAAAAGUCUCAGCAAGUCUACGGUGACCAAAAAGGCGGCGAAGACCGCGCAGCGUGGGCCGGCGGAGCCGAAAACCACCAACAAACAAGCGGAGCCCGGGCCCCUCUUUGCCAAGAGUAAAAAAGGGAAAAUCGCCCUGGCUCAUGGCUCCUUUGGUUUGGGCUCCCCGGUCCGGGUACCGACGGGAUCCGCUCUCGGUAGGGUCAGUCACACGGACAGCAGUUCCGAUCUGUCGGACUGCCUCUCCGAGCCGCUGUCUGACGAGCAGAAACAAGCCCAGGCGGCGAGCAGCGAUGCCGAGUCCGGCUCCGGCUCUAGCGACCGCGAACAGCUGCGGGUCGCGUCUCCAUUCGAGAUGUCCGAAAGUGGUCAUGCCCCGCUGCUAGUCAAAGAGCUUUACGCGGCGAAGGAGCGGCCGUGCCGGGGUUUGUUUGCAGAAGGACAGACCGGCUCCGACGAGCUGGCGGAGCGGUGCAAAGCUGGCUUUAGAACGGGGGGCAUCGGGGAUGCACCUGGAGAGAGGAAGGCGCAGAAUGACCAGGAGCUGUUACGGGAAAUCGAGGAUCUCCGUUCGGAAAAUGACUAUCUGAAGGAUGAACUGGAGGAAUUACGUGCCGAGAUGGAGGAGGUGCGAGACAGCUACAUGGAGGAGGAGGCCUAUCAACUGCAGGAGCUGCGGCGUGAGCUAGACCGGGCCAACAAGAACUGCCGCAUCCUGCAGUACCGGCUGCGCAAGUCUGAGCAGAAGAGCCUAAGAGUGGCGCAGACAGGACAGGUGGAUGGGGAGCUGUUGCGUAGUCUGGAGCAGGACCUCAAGGUGGCCAAAGACGUCUCCGUGCGUCUUCACAACGAGCUUGAGAGCGUGGAGGACAAGCGCAGCCGAGCCGAGGAUGAGAACGAGCUCCUCAGGCAAAAACUGAUCGAGGUGGAGAUCUCCAAGCAGGCACUGCACAAUGAACUGGAGAGAGCCAAGGAGAGCUCUCAGAAGAGGCGAGGAGGUCGGGAAUCCUUCAAGGAGCGAAAGUCCUCCUCUCAGGAGGAUAGCGCGGACCUCCGGUGCCAGCUCCAGUUUGCCAAAGAGGAGUCCACCCUCAUGCGCAAGAAGAUGGCCAAGCUUGGCCGGGAGAAGGAGGAGCUGGAGCAAGAGCUGCAGAAGUACAAGUCCCUGUAUGGGGACGUUGAGAGCCCCCUGCUGGUUGGUGAGAGUGGGGGCGGACCCCACAGCACCCGCGAGGCUGAACUGAAGCUCCGACUCAAGCUAGUCGAGGAGGAGGCCAACAUCCUAGGUCGAAAAAUUGUGGAGCUGGAGGUGGAGAACCGGGGUCUGCGGGCGGAGAAUGAGGACAUCCGCUCCCAGUACGAGCGGGACUUCCCCGGCCGUGAGCCCCUGUCCAGUUUGCCCACAUCACCCUUUGGGGAUGGCCUGGAGUCAGGCUCUGAGCUGCGCCGCCACCUGCAGUUCGUCGAGGAGGAGGCAGAGCUGCUACGCCGAUCCAUCGCUGAGAUCGAGGACCGCAACAAGCAGCUGACCUCAGAGCUGAACCGCUUCAAGCUAGGGCCAGGCCCGGACAGCGAGGGGGCCCCCCGGGCUCCUGCACAUGAUGUGGGCACCGGGCACUUGCAAGACGAGCUGAAAGCGGCCCGGCUGCAGAUCGACGAGCUGAGCGGCAAAGUGCUGAAGCUGCAGUACGAGAACCGUGUGCUGCUGUCCACCGUGCAGCGCUGUGACCUAGCCUCCCAACGGGGCCCACCGCGGGGCCCUGAUGAUGAUGAGGAGCCCGCCCAGCUGCCCGGCCCGCAGCCCAAGCGGGAGGGGCCGGUCGGGGGUGAGAGCGACUCUGAUGACCCGUUCGAGAGGACGUCUGGCAUCGGCAGUGGGAAGCCGUCAGACACCGCCGGGGGAGGGGCAGGGGUAGGGCCCGAGGCUCUGGUGGGCGUAUGGCGCCAGGCCGAACGCCUGGGCAGGAUGGUGGAGAGGCUAGCUGGCGACACAGACAGUGCGAUGCUGCUGAUGGGAGCCGAGGUCCAGCAAGGGGAGAGCGACUCCAAGCUGAGCCGGCCGGCAUUGGACGCCAUCUGUAGCCGCAUGAGGACAUUCAGGGCAGAGCUGCACGUUUUCAUGGAGAAGGUGGAGCACCUCCGCGAGCAGCCUGACGACCUCUCACCCAUGGCGCACCUCACGGAAUCCAGCAGCUUCCUGUCGGGCGUCACCUCCAUGUCCCGGGACUCACCCCUCGGCACUCUGGGUCGCGACCUCAUCACCGACUUCCAGUCCGAUCUCAGGGAUGAGCUGGAGUGGCGGAUAGGACACGAGCGUGCCUCGGAGCCCGGGACCCAGUCCGGUCCUUGGGGCACUGGCCAGAGCAGGGGAGCCCAUGGACGCAGUAAUUACUGCAGGCCAAAGUGUUUGAGUGUGGAGCAACGGGACACGCCUGUGCUGGAGGUGAGCGAGGUUCCUGAGCAGCCUGAGCUGGAGCAAAGGCUGCAGCCUGACCCAGGGUGCUGCAGCAGCACAGCACAGAAGGAGGAGGAGGAAAAGGAGUGCAGGAAGGCGGAGCCAUGGCUCAGCACGCAGGAGCAGGCCUGGGCCCAGGAGAGGGCGCUGCUUCAGCAAGAGCUGCGUUUGCUCCGCCACAACAUGGCCGCCGUCUAUGUGAAGCUGCGAUGGCUCCUGGUCAACUGGCGACUGGGGCGCAGGAGUGAGUCCGCUGUGGAAGAUGCUCCAUCAGAGCCUGAGACUCUGGACAGUGUCCCAGAGCUGAGCCGCCUCAUGGAGCAGGUGGAAGGCGUGAUGGACCGGGAGGACCAGCCCAGUCUGCAGCCUGGCACUGAAGGAACCCCUGAGCCAGGUCUCUCUCCCCAGGCAACCGAGCUGCUCCAACACCAGAAGCAGGCGGGGGAGAACCGGCGCGUCCUGCAUGCCCUGCGCAUGCUGCUGGAGGAAUUCCGCUCUGAGCUGCGGGACGAGGAGCAGCGGCGGAGCCAGUUGCAGCAGGCCUACGCCAAUGAGAAGGCCAGCUGGGAGGUGCAGUGGGCGGAACUCCGGUGCCAGAUCCCACAGCGAGAUGAGUGCUCAGCCGAGGUAACAACCACUGGAGACACUGAUCCGCGGGUGGCGCUGUCGCGCGAGAGGGAGGAGCACCGGCGUCUCCUGGCUGAGAGUCACAGCACCUCGCUGGACCUGUUGUGGAGGCUGCAGCACAGUGAGAAGCGGUGGAGCCGCGAGAGGGCGGAGCUUCUGGAGUGCUUCGACCGUGACAGGCAGGACUGGGACUGGCAUAUGAGGGACGUCCACCGCAAGCAGAGGGAACUCAAUCUUCGACGUGCUGACGUUCCCUCCUCUGAGGCCAAGGACGGGUCCCCCAGGGUCUUCUCGCCCCAGGGUAGUCCUCGGACUCCCCGGUCCCCCCGGAGCCCACGUGUGACAGGCCCGGCCCCCUCCGCUGCCCGGCCCAACCCCGAGAGUGAUGCCCCACUGGAGAGCCUGUUCCUGGAUACACUGUCACUGGACCCCCUGGGGGAGACUGAGGUGCCCCUGGCAUCCCGCCUGGAUGGCGAGAAGAGGUUUCCCUGCAUAAAUAAGAACCUGAAUGAGAUCUCGGAGCGGAAGGGCCUGGCCGUGUACCAUGAGGAGGAGACGGGUGGCGGGAACCUCCUAAGGGCCAAGUCGGUCUGCUCCAUGAGUGAGUUCCAGAGGCUGAUGGACAGCUCUCCAUUUCUACCCGACCGGAGCACGCGCGGCGAUGCCGGCACCGAUGACGUGACACCACCGCUCUCCCCGGAUGACCUCAAGUAUAUUGAGGAGUACAACAGCAAGGGCUGGGAUUCCCCCAGUCAUGGGGGGGCCACCAGUGGCACCCCUGCCCCCGAGCACAUGCCUGACACAUUCCAGCCCUCCUCAUGGUUCCUGACCACCAGUGCCACCUUGACCACCAGCACGCUCAGCGGCCCCGAACACUGCCAGCGUCAGCCCCCUUGGGGGGCCCCGGGACCCGAGCGCUAUGGAGUCCGUGUCCUCCACAGCCCCCCCCUGAGCUGUAAGCUUGACGGCUCUGUGGCUCCCCCUGUUGGGGAACGGCCCUGCCCUGGCCCAGAGGACGUGUAUGGCCGCUGGCAGCACCGGGAUCUCCUGGAGGGUGGGCUCCGCCCCCCUGAGCGGUCGGUCUGCUCCACCGUGGGCUUCGCCUCCUCGUUGGAACUGGAGCUCUCCCGGAAUCUGAGCGAUGACAUGAAGGAGGUGGCCUUCUCGGUGCGUAAUGCCAUGCUUUCCAGCCCAGUGGAGCGCCAUCUGAAGGACACGGCCUGUCAGACCAACGGCUUCACCACCAGGGGGACCCAGACCACUCAGACCAUCAGCGUGGGCCUCCAGACGGAGGCCCUGAGGAACCUUACCAGCAGUCCCCUCCGGUGCCUGACCCCCAAGGGUGGAUCCACCCCUAUCUCCUCACCUUCCCGCAGCCUGAGGAAGGUGCAGUACUCUCCUGCCGUACAGGGCAAGUUUGAGCGCCCCUGCUGCUCCCCCAAGUAUGGAUCCCCGAAGCUGCAGCGCAAGCCGCUGUCCUGUAAGGCCGAGCAGCCUGCCAGCCGGGUAGCCACCCCCAGCACACCACAGAAAGGGUGCAGCGAGUCGGCCUGGGCUCGCUCCACCACCACCCGGGACAGCCCGGUGCACACUACCAUCAAUGAUGGCCUCUCCAGCCUCUUCAGCAUCAUCGACCACACUCCCGCUGUUAACGACACCACACCGAAGUUCACCAAGUCACCGAGCCGCUCCCGGCCUGCCGACCCCGGGUCCGCUGAGUGCCGGUCCCCGAGCUUGGGCGUGCUCCAGGACCUUUUGAAGAGCACCCGGGGCCGAUCACCCAGUCCCGUGCAGCUGAUUGUGGAGGCCCAGGGUGACAGGACCCCAGAAGUGAUCAGCAUAAGGCAAGACCUGUCUGCUCCCCCGGGUUACGGCCUGGCUGAGAACGCAGCCCGGCUGCUGAACAAGAAGCUGAUGGAACAAGCCUUAAAGGAGGACAAGAGGCCUGCGUCCGGCAGUCAGAUGGGCCUCAGCAGGGAUGGGGACAAGGGCCCUCUGGGCCCCGUUGAGGUUACCUGGGUCUCCUUAAUCUCUAAGACCACGCCUGUCAACAGUGUACAAGGAAACUGGUGACCCAAAGAGUCAUUAAAGUGUUAGUCACCUUGUGAGUAUCCUUGCUCUGUGAGGUCACUUUCUGCUUCUUUGAGUGGCCACCCAAAGGACCUUCUAGAUAUGAACUCAGCCACUGAAAAUGUUUUUAUUUCACAGCCCAGCCUUCUUCAUGCUUAUGUGAAUCAUUUUCUGUCAGUUCUGUCCUGGCUGCAGCACUGACGCUGCCUAGUGCCCCAGAGGGCAGACUAACAGCUGGGCCUGUGAAGUGCAGAGCAAAGGCGAACUUCUCCCAGACGCUCAGGAUGACUCUUUUAGUCACGGCUCCAGGCUUCCUGAUCUCCAUGGCCACGCCCACCCCACCCCACCCCCCCAUCCCUGUGAGCUGGAAUCACUUAGAAGAGUCACUUUAGGUUCCUUGCCAAAAUCCAAGUUAGGUCCGGAUCAAACACCCAGAUCUUCGUUUCUCCCCACUAUUUCUGUAAAACUUCCUCUCUCCUUUCUGUAUGUGGAUUUUCUGAGCCCUGACAGCCGGCUUCCCCCCCCUGGCUCAGUCUCACCUCUUUCUGACUGGGGACCAGCAUUGACUCCUUUCUCGUUUGUCCUGUUGUGGCAGCCUGUUCUUGUUUUUUGGUCUGCUUGCGUUGGGAGGGACCGGAAUGCCGGAUGUCCCUCACUUUGCAGCAUGCCAAAGGUGCCAUAGUCAUGGUGCCCCCCCCCCCCCCACCACCACCACCAUUCCGUUCCACCAUUAAAAAAAUAAAAGUCUGUCACUGUGACUGUAUGGGAAUACUGAGGGACAAGGAACGUUUGUCUUUUCACAAACUUCGGGGUUUGUGUGUUGAACAUAUUUGAACUGCUUGUUUUGUGUAACUUAACCCUGUUAGUCAUAUUUCUCUGUAUUUCCAUGGUAGUGAAAUGUACCCAGUGCAUGUGGUUCAUAAAAAAAUGUCUUCACUCACUAACCAGAGAGAGUUCUGUAUGUAGCUGCUGCAGCUGGUUGUUCUGCAUGUACAGUAAGAAUGUUGUUGUGGGUCUGUUCUGACCCGGGCUCUGCUGAGACAUCGCCUCUCUCUAUGGACCUUCACUCCCAUAUCCACCAUCUCCUCACCUUCUCUCCCACGUGGUGACUGUGCUCGUCGGCAUUUACCCAGGAGGCCCCAGGUCACGCGCAUCCGUCUGCGUGGAGGAUGUGUCACUGCAGCCAGCCGUGCAGCGCGGCCACAUGACCUCAAACAGGCGCCCAGGAGGAAAUUCUGCUAAAUUAAAUCCUCCCGCUCUGCUGAUCGGUGCUUUUCUUCAUUUUCAGCUCCGCAUUCUCCUUCUCUAAGGAAUAGUUUUACUAACCCUUAUAGGAUGCGUUUCUAACUUAAAUUAUAAAUACCGUUUAAGUAGCUCAAAAGCAGGAUUAAUUUCUUUCACUUGCAUGUCUGCUUUUCGUGUACUUCAUGUAUAUUUCUUUGUAUCUGAACCCUAAAUACAUUACCAAAAAUAAUAUAAAUUAAGAUUGUAAAAUGAGAGCUGAGGUUGUAAAAAUGGCCGUAGUGCUACAGACGUAAGCUAGAGGGCGCUGGCUGCACCCACGGCUGGGUCUGAUUUAAUUUAACCCAGUUCAGUCAGUCAUCUGUUAGGCAGGAUGAGCGGCCCAUGAUCAGACUCUCCUUCAGCAGGAUGUAGAGAGGCCAUCCCAGGCUGCUGGCGUGUUCCCUGCCUUGAGUCCUUCAGAGUGUGUAGCGCCCCCUCAGGGCAGGCGCUGGCCACUGCUUUGGUGCCCGGGACACUGCACAGGCUCAUGUAUGGUUGCCGUUCACUAACGUUUAGUCUCAUCUUUGGAAACAGUUGCCGUGCUCUCCAGUCGCCCCACCCCUGGACUCCCACUUUUUGAGACCCGCGAGACCAGCCAAUCGGCGCCCCCCAUCCCGAUGGGCGGCCCGCUCCCCUUCCACAUCCCCUCGGCGGUCCAGGACGGCAGAAAG